GCUUUUUUGUUCAUCUCUAACUGUCAAGAGCACAUUUUGUAAACAUAAAAUUUUGUAGCCAUGCACAAACGAAGAACCGCCAAAUCGAUUAACAAGCCACCGCCAAUCCAGGGAGCAAUCAAGAAGCCCACCCCGGUGGCGGAACCACCGCCCAUCGACGCCGAUCUCGUCACCCAGUUCGAAGUGGAACUCUGCUGGUGUGUGCAGCAGUUGCAAACUGCUCUCGACAGCGGAAAAUUGGCCCAGAAAGUGGCCGAAGAUACCGCCAAGAACAUAAAGGUGCUGACCAGCUCAACAGCGCCGCUCAUCAGGAAGCGGCAGGUGAUGAAGCUAGCCCUGGGCGACUACCGAGCGAAGAUGCAGCAGGAGGAGCAGAAAUUGCUACUAGCCUCCAAGCAAAUCAAAUUCACACCAACGGCUGAAUCAUCCAAAAAGUCUAGCUUCGUGAAGAAGUCGGCUCUCCUGUCAUCUGGAAAGGACUUCCGCUUCAACUUUCCCUCUCCCGCCGAAGACACCAGCUCAAAAGAGCCUCAUCCAGCCAAAAACUUCGAUCCCAGCAGCCUUCAACCAGCUGAAGCCGGAAGCCCGUUCAAGUUCAACUUCACCAUCGCAGAGGAUUCGGCCAACGACAUUAGUUUCAGCGGUCUGAACUUAAAUAAGUAAUCAAUCACAAAAGCCUGAAUGAUAUUCUAAUUCCUACUCUUUAUACAAAUAAAAAGGUUUAUAUGAA